AUGUCGUCGGCAGAAAGAAAGCUUCGCAGCCUGAAAAAUCGCAAACGCGUUGUGAUAAAAUCCUUCUCGGAAAUAACAAGCUUCAUCGCCAAUUACCAAGCGGAUCGUGAUGAACUGGAAGUUUCAGUGCGGUUAGAAAAUUUAGUGGUGAUGUGGAAUGAAUAUAAUGCGGUGCAAACGGAACUGGAAUCCUUAGAAAAGGACGAAGAUGUUUUAAAUGCCUACGACAAAGAAAGGACUGACGUCGAAAAAACAUACUAUCGCGCCAAAGGUACGCUUCUUUUACACAAUCGCCAGCCUAACCACCAACCUACGCAACAAAGACCUCAAGAACCCUCCCAUCCACUUCAAGUCAAGCUUCCGGACGUCAAAAUUCCAAUCUUUAGUGGCGAACACGAAGGUUGGAUGAAUUUUCAUGAUCUGUUCUUAUCGUUGGUACACUCUUCGGCCACGCUUUCUACUAUACAAAAACUUUACUAUUUGCGUUCAUCUCUGUCCGGGGAAGCACUCAAGCUCAUACAGACUAUCCCCAUUAGUAACGAGCAGUAUCCGGUAGCAUGGCAAACAUUAGUUACUCACUUUCAAAACCCUCGUCGCUUGAAAAGGACAAACGUGCAAUCUUUAUUCGACUUCCCAUGCCUGAAACGUGAGACAGCCACCGAACUGCACACACUCAUUGAGAAGUUUCAAACUAAUGUAAAAAUUUUGAAACAGUUGGGCGAAAAUACUGAACACUGGGAUGUGUUACUUAUUCACAUUCUUAGCACUCGAUUAGACAAUGUGACCAGACGUGAUUGGGAAGAAUACGCUGAAGCAAAUCAAGCAGUUAAAUUUAGUCAACUCAUAGAAUUCCUGCAGCGUCGGGUUAACGUUUUACAAACAGUAGGAAAGGGAAACGUCGACACACCGCAACAUAUCGUUUCCACAAAACCUGUUCCUUUCCGGUCUUCCAAUCCCGGAACAGUAACCAAAGGUUUCCGCGGCUGCAUAGUGUGCUCUGGACAGCAUACGCUCUAUCAAUGCUCUUCCUUUUCUCAAAUGUCAGUAAGUGAAAAGGAACAAUUGGUUCGACGCAAUCAACUUUGCCGAAAUUGCUUACGACGAGGUCAUACGGCAAAAGAUUGCUCUUCUGAAAGUAGUUGCCGGAAGUGUCAAGGCCGACACCACACACAGCUGUGCAUGCAGAGGUCAAACCAAAACAGUUCUGCGUCAGUCGCUCAAGCGGUUGAGCCAUUGAACCAACACGAUCCACCCAGCCAGUUUAGUUCCAAUGAAGCUCCGCACUCAUCCACUCCAGCAGCUCACACCGGUAUCACUAGCUGCACUUCGCAGAAGGAAAGAAGAAAAAAAGUCUUGUUAGCGACUGCAAUGAUCAUUCUCGUAGACGACGUUGGAAAUGAGCACACAGUCCGUGCUCUCCUUGAUUCAGGUAGUGAAUGUUGCUUCGUAACCGAGCGAGUGAGUCAACGCAUGAAAAUUCAGCGUGCUAGAGCAGAUCUCCCAAUCAAGGGGAUAGGGCAAUCCUCCACACAAGUGCGAUUCAAAAUUCGAUCUACUGUAAAAUCCCGCAUCUCCGAGUAUGUUAAUGAGAUAGAAUUGUUGAUUCUCCCCAAGGUUACAAUUGAUUUACCGUCCCUCUCGGUUAAUGCUUCAUCGUGGUCAUUACCACCUGGAAUUCAAUUAGCUGACCCUGCCUUCUACGAAUCCUGUCCCAUUGAUGUUGUGCUGUGUGCAGAGAUAUUUUUUGACGCGUUCAACGUUGCCGGGCGCAUUGUGCUAGGCGAUACACUACCAUGCUUGAUCAAUUCCGUCUUCGGAUGGGUCGUUUCGGGUAAAAUCGACGUACAAAAUAAACGAGGAACAAUCUCUUGCAAUUUAGCGGCUACCGCAGAUCUACAUCGGUCUAUAGAGCGAUUUUGGGCCAUCGAGGAUGACUCAGGACCAGCUUACUCACCACAGGAGGUAUUUUGCGAGAAUCAUUUCUGUAAGCACGUAACUCGCCUGGAAACUGGGCGGUACACUGUUCGAUUGCCACUAAACGAAGAGAUCAGAAACAAGCUUAGCGAUAAUCGGCGCACAGUAUUUCACCGAUUCCGCAUGCUCGAGGCACGAUUGAGCCGUAACCCGCAGUUAUCAGAAAGCUACCAUAAAUUCAUGCGAGAGUACAUAACUCUAGGACACAUGGAACGCAUCGAUGAAUCAAAGGAAACAACACAACCAAACUUUUUUCUACCACACCAUCCGGUUACCUGA